AUGUCUAGUAUUGGGGUGAUGGCGUUUGUGUGCGAAGCGUUGUUGUGGAGCCGGGGGUGGACGGCGGAGCUGGUCAACGAGCUGGUGAUGGACUACGCGCAGCCGCGCGGCGCGCGCGCGCAGGCCAAGGCGUUCAUGCGGCUCAUCGACGCCUGGCCGCUGCGCAUCUAUGUCUACGACUUGGUGUCUAUCGACAUUACUCUUAUGUUAAAGUUUGUUACCCUUUCAACUACGUACUUGAUUGUUAUCCUACAAAUAUCACACUUUUUGUAA